AGAUAUAUACGCCAAGAAUUUUCGAUACAUAGAAAUGUAUACACCUAACGAAUUUUUACUUACAAAAGCUCUUAUUUUAUUGUUAUAUAUAGCAGGCAGCUAUGCUACGUCGGCUACCUUGUUCUUUGUCUUUCAUCACUAUGCAUGCAUUGUUUUUCUUCCUUCCAUUACUUCUUCUUCCCUCUGCUCAUUCUGUUAACUUCAAAUUAACUCGCUUUGAUCCAGAUGUAAACGGCAUAAUUUACCAUGGGGACGCAGCACCUUCUGCUGGUGCGGUUGAGUUAAUUUUCAGAAAUACAUACACAUGUCGUGUUGGUUGGGUCACCCAUGCUGAAAGGGUCCGCAUCUGGGACUCCAAUUCGGGGCAACUUUCCAAUUUCACAACUCAUUUCUCCUUUGUCAUCGACACUCAAGGUCGUUCCAGUUAUGGCCAUGGCCUUGCAUUCUUCCUUGCUUCUGUUGGAUUUGAAAUCCCACCAAAUUCUGCUAGUGGGUUUUUAGGCCUCUAUAACACUUCAACGAUUGAUAGUUCUUCUCAGAACCAAAUAGUUCACGUGGAGUUUGAUUCAUUAUCAAAUCCGGAUUGGGAUCCAGAGCCUCCAGUUGGGCAUGUGGGGAUUAACAACAAUUCUCUUAGUUCGGCUGUGCACACUCCUUGGAAUGCUAGUUUUCACAGUGGAGAUACUGCUGAUGUGUGGAUUACUUACGAUGCUACAGCAAAAAAUUUGAGCGUCUUAUGGACUUACAAGAAAACCUCAAAUCCUUUAGAGAAUUCUAGUCUAUCUCACACAAUUGAUCUGAUGAAGGUUUUGCCUGAGUGGGUCACUAUUGGAUUUUCAUCUGCAACAGGUUCAAGCAUGGAGCGAAAUCUACUUUUAUCUUGGGAAUUCAAUUCAACUUUGGAUACAAAUGAUAGCAGUUCAAAGAGGAUCAGAAUAAUAGUUGGUGUUGCAGUUUGUGCUCUAUCAGCUGGGGCGAUCAUAGGAAUUCUGAUUUCUUGGAGGAGGAGGAAACAGAAGGUGGCACGGAAAGAAGGGGAGAAAGUAAACAUGACAUCAAUCAAUGAAGACCUUGAAACAAGAGCUGGACCAAGAAGGUUUUCUUAUGAAGAUCUUGUUUCAGCUACCAAUAACUUCUCAAAUGAAAGGUUGCUGGGGAAAGGAGGGUUUGGUGCUGUUUACAAGGGAUACUUAAUUGACAUGGAUUUGGCUAUUGCCGUGAAGAAAAUUUCAAGGGGAUCUAGACAAGGUAAAAAGGAGUAUAUUUCUGAGGUGAAAACCAUUGGCCUAUUGAGGCACCGGAAUCUAGUGCAACUCUUGGGCUGGUGCCAUGAUAAAGGUGAAUUUCUACUUAUUUAUGAAUUCAUGCCAAAUGGAAGCCUUGAUGCUCACCUCUUUGGCAAGAAGAGUCCUCUUACCUGGGCUGCGAGGUACAAGAUAUCUCUUGGCUUGGCCUCGGCAUUGCUUUAUCUUCAUGAAGAAUGGGAGCAAUGUGUGGUUCACCGAGAUGUGAAAUCAAGCAAUGUAAUGCUAGACUCAAAUUUUAAUGCCAAACUUGGUGACUUUGGAUUAGCUAGGCUCAUGGACCAUGAGCUUGGCCCCAAGACAACUGGGUUGGCAGGAACUCUAGGCUACUUGGCUCCAGAAUACAUAAGCACAAGAAAGGCUAGUAAGGAAUCUGAUGUGUACAGCUUUGGAGUGGUUGCUCUGGAGAUUGGAAGUGGAAGGAGGGCAAUUGAUCACAUUGAAGAGGAGAACGAAAUGAGUUUGGUGGAGUGGAUUUGGGAACUAUAUGGACGAAAGAAACUUCAUGUGGCUAUUGACAAGGGUCGUUUCAUGGAUUAUGAAGAGAAACAGAUGGAGUGCUUGAUGAUUGUCGGACUAUGGUGUGCUCACCCUGAUCACAGUUUGAGGCCAUCAAUAAGACAAGCAAUUCAAGUUUUAAAUUUUGAGGCCCCAAUCCCAAAUCUACCUCCUAAGAUGCCUGUGCCCAUGUAUCGUGUGCAAGUCGCACAUGUCAACUCAGUUGAACCCUCCAUAACUAACUCCAGUAUAGGAUUGGGCCGCUGAGCGGUAUGGAUUCUCUUAGUAAACACAUUAUAUAAGUAUCUUACAUUGUUGAAGAGAAUAAACAGGUUUCCCGUUGCAGAAACCUGAAACAUUCUUGUGAAAUAACUUAUCUCCAAGCUUUAGCUUAUUCUUUAGCACAUCUUUGAUUAAA